AUGACUGCGAGCGGCAGCCGGGAGCCGAGCACAGCCCGGCCCCUCCAGCCAGCGCCGCCGGGCUCCGCCGAGGGCACCGGGCAGGGCCGGGGGCUGAGCACGGCCCGGGGCUCUAGGGAGCCUGUCCGAGGGGGCAGCAAGCCCUCUGUGCCGGGGGCAGCCAUGGGCUGCUGGAGGCUCCCCGGCCCCGUGCUGGGCCUGCUGCUGCUGCUGCUGUGCCCGCCAGCCCCGGCCGCCUGCCCGGCCGCCUGCCGCUGCUCCCCGGGCGAGGCGGACUGCAGCGAGCGGGGCCUCCUCGAGGUGCCCUGGAGCCUCUCGGCCAACACCAGCACCCUGCGGCUGGCACACAACUUCAUCUCCGUGCUGGGACCCCGCUCCUUCCCCCCGCUGCCGGGGCUGCGCCUGCUCAGCCUGGCCCACAACCGCCUGGAGCUGAUCCACCCUCAGGCGCUGCGGGGGCUCGGGGCGCUGCAGGCGCUGGACCUGAGCCACAACCACCUCAGCGUGCUCACCCCCGACACCUUCCGGCCCCUCACCGGCCUGGCCACGCUCGACCUGACCAACAACAGGCUGGGGCAGCUGGAGCCCGGGGUGCCGGCAGCCUUGCCCCAGCUCCAGGCGCUUCUCCUGCAGGACAACCCCUGGGUGUGCAGCUGCAGCAUCCUGCCCCUCUGGCGCUGGCUCCGCCGCAACAGGGACAAAGUGCGAGAGAAGAAUUUGCUCCUCUGCAGAGUUCCAGAGCAGCUGAACAAGUAUCCGAUCAUGGCCUUUGGGGACGAGUCCUUCAGGCAGUGCCAGGACACCUCCCUGUCCCCCGAGCACUACAUCGCCUUCUUCACCAUCGGGCCCUUCUCCUUCCUGGCCAGCAUCUUCUUCUGCACCUUCCUGGGCUCCUUGGUCGUGUUCUACCACAGCCUGCGCCGGGAGUCCCACUGCUGGAGGACACCCCGUGUCUGCAGGGUGCACUGAGGGGCCCAGCAGGCCCUGCCCUGGCAGCCUGGGCUCCAUCCCUGCCCCUCUCCAGCUGCCUGCACCCACCUGCUGCAGACUCAUCCCUGUGGAGCAGCCAGAGGAAGUUCUGUUCCUGGAGUCGCUCUGGGUUCUCUCAGAGUCCCCCAAGAUGGUGCCAAGCUGCCUCUGCCAGGGGGGAGCAGCCUCCAGCUCAGCUCCCUGCAGGGGCAUGGGCUGACCAAAAAUGCUCUCAGUGUAUCUGCAUAUCCCCUUUCUGGGGGCAUCCUUCUCCCCUUGUCCUGCCCCCUGUGCUGCCCAGUCCCCCAGUGUGCAUUUAGGAUGCCCCAUGUGCCUCACUGUGCCUUUAGGUGCAGCCUGGGAGUCCCUGUGUGCAUCCCAGGACACACCACUUUCUCUUGGUGCCUUUCAGGCCACCCCAGGAGUCACCAUUUGCCUUUUGGUGCAGCCCAGGAGCCUCUGUGUGCCUUUCAGUUUGUUCCUUGGGCCUAUUGGUGCCCCCUGCACCCUCUGACUGCCUUCAGUGACCCCAGCAGCCUCAGUGCUUUUUUCUGUGCCCUCAGAACUCCACCUAAAUGCCAUGUUUGGCUUCUGUGUUCUGGCAGGCAGUGCUUUCCUUUUAGGGUACCCCAGAGCUGUCUGUGUGGCUUUUGGUGCACUGGAGAUCUCUGGGUGGUUUGGAGCAUUGCAAAGCCUCUGUGGGGCUGUCAGACCACCCCAGGCCUGUCAGUGUUCUGCCCAAGGACAGGGCUGGCUGCAAAAAGCUCCUUUUGAUAGUUUUUUUCCAUUGAGUCAGGAAUGCUGGUGCUGAGAUGGCUCAGCCAACAAUCAAGGUCUAGGGUGAGGCUGAAGCUUAGGGUGAGGGCCAGGAAGAGCCUUGAGCUGCCAGGGCUGUGGUUGGGCAGAGCAGCUGCCAAAGGAUGGGGAGGCUACAGUGGUUUCUCCCUCAAUAGCUUUUCCCUAGGCUACAGCUCAUCCCCAGCCAAGGUGUGGGGUUAGCUCAGGGUUGGGAGCAGGGACAAACAAGCCCUUUACAGGGGCCCUUUACAGCAGCCCUGGCUGCUGCCUCACCCCCAUCACCCACAAAUCAGGGCUGGGGCUGCCCCUGCCCUGCUCCCUCCUCUUUCCUGUGGAAAUGCUGCUGGAAAUGCUUAGUGAGCCUGCUGGGAAAUGGCCUGGAAGGAUCUGGAGCUGAGCUCCACGAGAAAGCCACAAGCUGAGGUGACAGAAACACCCUUCAAGGAGAAACAAGACCCCUUUUUGGCCUGACCUCUUACCCACUGGAAGAUGAUCAGAGCCACAAUGAGAUGCUGUGACCACCAGCCUUGUCCACUCCAUCUCCUGCCCUUGCAAGAGCUGGGACCUGCCAGGGCUGUGGCAGGAGUCAGAGCAUCCUUCAGCAGGCUCCUGGCGAGGGUUCAGUGAAUCACACAUGAAUAAACCAGGUGUCACCUCA